AUGAUUGUGUGGCUUUUCAAAGCAAUAUCUUCUCUAGUGUGUCGAUCAUGGUUUUAUUUAUAUAUUGUUUUAUAUCGGAGAGUUAGUUUUUUUAUUACUCGUUAUCGUAGCUCACAACGUCUUACUUACCGUAAUGAGCAGUUGGAUAUUUUGUAUCUUAAGCGUAGGUUUCCGUUGAAUACUAUUCGUCUUGUUUGCUGUGACCCAUCAGUGAAUGAAGAAAGUAUUACUGCACUACGAAAAGUUGAUCGUGAACUUGUACUUGUUAAUAAUUGGUUGUCUUGUGAAAAAGUCGUUAAGAAACUUCAUCGUGAAGAAUGCAAAUCGGUUCUACUGAUUCUAGCCGAAUCAGUAGUCAAUCAAGUGUUACCUGAAAUUACUUCCGAUGUACACACGGUCUUCAUUCAUUCGCCCGAACAAACUAGUAAUGCCAAUCUUAUCAAUCAUCCAAAAGUGAACAGUAUUUGUCCUUCUUCUCCGGAAUUAAUUGAACAUGUUCAAGAUGUUUCGAAUUUACUUGAACAUGGAUACAUCAACGAAAAUGAGCAACAAUCACUACGAAAUCUUUCGAAGAAUACAGCUAAUUUUUUAUGGUUUCAUCUUUUUCGAAAUGUUAUUCGAUAUUUGAACAAAUCUGAAAAAGCAAAAAACGACAUGAUGAAACGAUUUCGCGAAUAUUUCAACAAUAAUAGUGAACAAUUGAAGAGAUUACAGAAUUUCGCUGAAAAUUAUCACUCAAGUUUUGCUUUGAUGUGGUAUACAGAACCUGCUUUUAUUUCUGAUGUGAUUAAUAAAGCUAUGCGAUCAUUGGAUAUCGAUGCUUUAUUCGAUUUACGUUACUGUAUUAUCGAUAUUUGUCAAUUACUUGAAAAAAGACCACGGCCAAAAGACAGUUUGACUGUAUAUCGCGGAGUUCUCAUGGACAAAGACAAAUUUGAGUCCAUGCAAACAUCAAUAGUCAAAGGUGAUCUCAUAUCUAUGCGUGGCUUCUUUUCUACAUCAAGUCAACGUCCCAUAGCUGAAAUGUUUGCAUCGAAUGAUAAAAACGAACUAAAUAAAGCUGAAAUUAUCUAUGAGAUUGAUGUUUCUUCAGAUUUAGAGCAUAUUAUUUAUGCUGAUAUUAGUGACUUAAGUCAAUUUCCUGACGAAAAAGAGAUUUUAUUUGAUCUCGAUUCAACGUUUGAGUUCAAAAAGAUUAUAACAGAUGAAAAGAAAAAAGAUCGAUACAUUAUUCAACUUCGUGCAACUGAUCGUGGUUGGCACUUAGCUGAAAAAUAUAUUUCCUAUAAUAAUCUAGAACUUACUCAACAAAUGCCUGAAAUACUUUUUGGACGAUUACUAAUUGAAAUGGGUAAUGCAGAUAAGGCUAUUUCGUAUUUUCAAGGAUUAUUGAUUCAAGCUAAUAAUCAAGAACAAGAUAGAAUCAAUGUUUUGUCAUCUACUACAUGUGCUAUUGUGAUGAAUAACAUCGGUCAUGCUUGGAAAAACAAAGGUGAUUUCGAUCAAGCCCUGCAAUGGUUUGAUUUAGCAGUGGAUAUACAAAAUCAAGAAUCUCAACCAAUCUACACUAUGCUUGCUUCUAUGACGAAUCGAGGUGUUAUCUUCAUGCUGCAAGGUAAGUAUGAGUUAGCAUUGAAUGCAUACCAACAAGUUCUUGAUAUUGCUAAUCAAUACCAAAUAAAUGGACAUUUAUCACACAUUUAUGCUAAUAUGGGAUCAAUCAAAGAUAUGCUAGGUGAAUAUGAGGAAGCAAUCAUUCUGCAUCAAAAAGCAGGUGAUGCUUUACGAACAGAAGGUGUACAUGAUGGUCAUCCAAGUAUGGCAGAAAAUCUACUGAAUAUAGCCUUCAUCUAUUUAAACCAAGCCCGAUGGAAUGAAGCAAUAAAAUUAUUGGAGGAGGCUAAAACAAUUUAUGAACAUAUCUUACCUUCCACGCAUCCUGAUAUUGCACGAACAAUCUUUAGUAUUGGUAUUGCACUAAGAUCGAAAAGAUGCUAUGAUGAAGCCUUUGAAUGCAUGGCUCGAGCAUUGAAAAUAUAUGAACAAGCCUAUGAUCAUGAACAUGCUCAUAUUGCUAAUACAUACAACUCGAUGGCCAAUAUAAACAGUGUUCAAAAUCGAUUUGAUCAAGCACUGCCGUUGUAUACAAAGGCUUACGAACAAUUUCGAAAAUUGUAUGGAACCGACGAACAUGCUGAUAUUGGUCGUGUACUCAAUAAUAUCGGUCAAGUAUAUCGAAAGCUUGAGGAUUUUCCACCAGCACUGGACUAUUUACAAAGAGCUUUACACAUUCGUCAAAUUACUCUCGGUGUCAAUCAUCCCGAUACGGCAACUACACUUGUCAAUUUGAGUUUGGUCUAUUAUGCUCAAGGUAAUUUAAGUACUGCAUUAGAUUAUGCAAAACGUGGUUUGAUCAUUCGACGAAAUAAACUACCAGUAGAUAAUGAAGACAUACAAGAAACCGAAGAUUUUGUUGCUCAAUUAGAACAAAAAAUUUCUAUUUCAGAUCAAACAUAA